CCUUGAUCGAUUUAAAGAAUCAACACUGCCCAAGUUUUCAAUAAUGGUAGGGCUUCAUUUUCUUUUUUGAGACUCACUAAUCAUAUCCUAAUCAUCUUUGUCUAGGUUUCUUAACAUUUUUAGCUAUUAACAUCUUUGGCCCAAGUUUUCAAUAAUGGUUGGCAGUUACAGCUAAAGUUGGUGUGUCUCUUUUUUUAGCUUUUGCAUGCUUCUCAUCCCGAAGUUAAUUGUACACCUAUGUAUCACAUGAAGUGGAGAAGCAUCACCAAUUAGCAACUUCCUGAUUUCAUUUGUAAGACCAACAAUGAAACCAACAAUCUGCAUAGGAAAUGAUCAGGUGAGUUAUGGCAAUGAUGUAGGGUAACAUUGUUGAAGACUUGAAGUUGGACAUGUUGGAAAAAUAUUCCAUUUAAAUGCCCUUGGACCAUUUAUAUAAUUUAAUAUAUAUUGGAGACAUUUAUGUCUUACCAUUAAGUUUGCCAUAUGACAGAUUUGGUCCUUGUAUUUAUGUAUAGUUAACAUAUGAUGGGUAUGUUUUAACAUUAAAUAAUACAUAAGGGAUCAAAUGGGUUUCUCUUUGAUACAAAAUAUAAAAGGCAUCCGCCCAUUCAAUUCUUACGACUAAACGAACGUACACGUUCAUUCCCAAGGGUCUCAAGAACACCUAUAAUAAGAGACCCAAGGGAGAAUCGUUUAAUCCAUCGAAAUCCGCUUGUAUCCUUAGAGAAUCAAAACGUCAUGGCUUCAUCGUCUUCUACGACACCAUCAACAUUCGGUUUCUCCUCAACCGCAUCUACUGUUACCCCAUACAAUUAUGGGAUAGAACCUCUAAAUGGUACAAACUUCUCAACAUGGAGAGAAUCUGUAAAACUCUCACUUGGCAUGAUGGACCUCAACCAAGCACUGAGAAUGGAUCCACCGGAUGCUCCUAACGCUGAGAGCACUGUGGAGCAGAAGCGUUCUUAUGAACAGUGGGAGAGGUCCAACAGAAUGUGCCUCAUGGUGAUCAAGAAUUCCAUAUCUGUAGCUAUUCGCGGAGCCAUUCCAGACUCAGAAAAUGCGAAAACCUACCUAGAAUAUGUGGAAGAACAGUUUAAGGGCACUUCUAAAGCACAUGCUAGUACCUUGAUUCUCAAAAUGUUGACGAGUAAGUAUGAUGGAGUGAGUGGUAUUCGUGAGCACAUCAUGAAAAUGUCUGAUAUGUCCAAUAAGCUCAAAAGUAUGGACAUGGAAAUAAGUGAAGGUUUCCUCGUUCAUUUCAUAAUGACUUCUCUACCUGCAUCUUAUGGUCCGUUCAAGAUCAAUUACAACACGCAGAAAGAGAAAUGGACAAUGAGCGAGUUGAUUGCUAUGUGCAUUCAAGAAGAAGAGCGCCUUAAAGUUGAAAGACCAGAUGUUGCUCAUCUCACCACCACAAACUCAAAGAAAAGGAAAGGCAAUCGUCAAGGAGGAGGAAAAGGUAACAUUUCUAAGGUCCCAAAGAUAGGUGCAAGCGUGAGCUCCGGUCCUUACUGUAAGUUUUGUCGCUUCAAAGGGCAUUACCAGAGGGAGUGCCCUAAGUUUAAGGCAUGGCUGACUAAGAAAGGUAACUUAACCACCUAUGUAAUUUAUGAAUCAUUAAACACAUCAGUUCCCCUUAAUACUUGGUGGAUUGACUCUGGUUCAAUGGUUCAUGUUUCAAACACACCGCAGGGAUUCCAUUCAAUCCGGACAUUGGGAAGAAAGCAAAGAGUGAUUAAGGUGGGCAACGGAGAAGAAUUAGAAGUGGAGGCCAUUGGAACUAUCUCAUUAAUUUUAGAGAGUGGCUUCAUUCUUCAUCUUCGUGAUGCUCUUUAUGUACCUAAUAUUACUCGUAAUUUAGUGUCUGUAUCGAAACUAAGUGCUGAUGGUUUUACAUUUAAUUUCGUGUACAAUAAAGUGACAGUAAGCUUGAACUCAAAUGUAAUAGGAUUUGGUAGCAUGGAGGGAAAUCUCUAUAAAUUAUGCUUAGAUACUAAUUUUAUGGAAUCCCCUUUGUCAUUUAAUAUAACUGAAAAUCCUUGUAAGAGAAAGAGAGAAUUGGAAUCGUCGUCUAAUUUGUGGCAUCAAAGGUUGGGCCACAUAUCACGAGAUCGAAUGAUAAGACUCGUGAAAGACGGAAUUCUUCCAAAUCUUGACUUCUCAGAUUAUGACAAGUGUGUGAAGUGUUUGAAAGGGAAAUUGUCUAAGAAAAUUAAGAAAGGCGCCACACGAAGCACUGGUUUGUUAGAAUUAAUACACACCGAUAUUUGUGGGCCUUUUCCCGAUUCCAUAAGUGGUCAUAAGUCCUUUAUUACUUUCAUAGACGAUUAUUCACGCUAUAUGUACCUAUAUUUGAUUAAGGAAAAAUCUGAAUCACUAGAUAUGUUCAAGGCUUAUAAAGCUGAAGUUGAAAAUCAACUUGAUCGAAAAAUCAAAGUAGUGAGAUCGGAUAGGGGUGGAGAGUUCUAUGGUCGACACACUGAUAUUGGUCAAGCUCCUGGAUCUUUCCAUGAAUUUUGUAAAGAUCACGGGAUCAUCAACCAAUAUACCAUGCCCGGCACCCCUCAACAAAAUGGGGUUGCUGAAAGGCGGAACAGGACUCUUAUGGAUAUGGUCCGAAGUAUGUUGGCUAACUCUAAUCUUCCCCAAAUCUUAUGGACCGAGG